GAAAUCAUUUGGGGGACAGAAGUUGUAGGACUUAAGAGAGGACAUUGGGAACUCUUCACAAUGCUGUCUUUUUUGUGCCCAGGAAGGCAAUCCUGAACUAUGACUCAGCAGCCACUUCGAGGUGUGACCAGCCUCCAUUUCAACCAAGACCAGAGCUGCUUUUGCUGUGCCAUGGAGACAGGUGUACGGAUCUACAAUGUGGAGCCACUGAUGGAGAAGGGGCAUCUUGACCACGAGCAGGUAGGCAGCGUGGGCCUUGUAGAGAUGCUGCACCGAUCCAACCUGCUGGCCCUGGUGGGCGGUGGUAGCAGCCCCAAGUUCUCCGAGAUCUCGGCAGUGCUGAUCUGGGACGAUGCCCGAGAAGGCAAGGACUCCAAGGACAAACUGGUGCUGGAGUUCACCUUCACCAAGCCAGUGCUAGCUGUGCGAAUGCGCCAUGACAAGAUUGUGAUUGUGCUGAGGAACCGCAUCUAUGUGUACUCCUUCCCUGACAACCCUCGGAAGCUGUUUGAGUUUGACACUCGGGACAACCCCAAGGGGCUGUGUGACCUCUGCCCAAGCCUGGAGAAGCAGCUGCUUGUGUUUCCUGGACACAAGUGUGGAAGUCUGCAACUUGUGGAUCUGGCAAGCACAAAGCCUGGUACUUCAUCAGCUCCAUUCACUAUCAAUGCCCAUCAGAGUGAUGUGGCCUGUGUGUCCCUGAACCAGCCAGGCACUGUAGUGGCCUCAGCCUCCCAGAAGGGUACCCUUAUUCGUCUUUUUGAUACGCAGUCCAAGGAAAAGCUGGUAGAGCUUCGAAGAGGCACUGACCCUGCCACCCUAUACUGCAUUAACUUCAGCCAUGACUCCUCCUUCCUCUGUGCUUCCAGUGACAAGGGCACUGUCCAUAUCUUUGCUCUUAAAGACACCCGCCUUAACCGCCGCUCUGCGCUGGCACGUGUGGGCAAAGUGGGACCUAUGAUUGGGCAAUACGUGGACUCUCAGUGGAGCCUGGCCAGCUUUACUGUACCUGCUGAGUCAGCCUGCAUCUGCGCCUUUGGUCGAAAUACUUCUAAAAACGUCAAUUCUGUAAUUGCCAUCUGCGUAGAUGGGACCUUCCACAAAUAUGUCUUCACUCCUGAUGGAAACUGCAACAGAGAGGCCUUUGACGUGUACCUUGACAUCUGUGAUGACGAUGACUUUUAAGAGUCCUGGCAGCUAUACUAGGAACCUACAGUAGCCGAAUGCCGAACUGAGUCUUGAGGGUGUUGAACCAGCCAGCAAGCAUAAAAAUGAGCCUUUCCACUCUCCAUUCAAACACAGCUGUGUCUAAAUAAACAGCCAACAUCCCCCCAAGCACUUUUGUGACUGCGUGCUAAAGGCCAAGGACUGAUACCCUGGGCCACCUAGUCUGGAAAACACCAGGGACCCAAAGGGAUUAUCCAAAUCCAAGCUAGGGAUUUAAAAAAAAAAAUGAUUACAUAGUCUCUGUAAUGUAUAUGAAUAAAAGGCCUUUGAAUGGCAUUUAUGACUU